AAGAGAAAUAGCCUUGUAGUUACUAAACAUCUUAAACAUGAUUGCUAAGUAAAAUUUGUGUGUUGACAUACAUUUUUUAAAUUACGGAGAUCGCAUUAUGGCUGACCCUCUAAGUUUUCUUAGACAGUAUAAUGUCAACAAGAAACCCAUUACUGAAAGGAAUAAUCAGAUUAUAUUUGGAGAAUACUCGUGGCCAAAAACAGUUAAAACCAAUUACCUCGUAUGGGGGGCAGGAAAAGAUGGAACUGCUAAGGAAUAUUACACUUUAGAGUGUUUGUUAUUUUUGUUGAAAAAUGUACACUUGUCUCAUCCUGUAUAUGUUAGGCAAGCUGCUACUGAAAACAUACCUGUAGUGAGACGUCCUGACAGAAAGGAACUACUUGCAUACUUAAAUGGAGAAACAAGUACUUCUGCCAGCAUUGACAAAAGUGCUCCUAUUGAGAUACCAUCCACAGUUAAGCAUGUUUAUGAAGAACAGAAUCAACAAGAAGCUGUCAAAAAACCUCGCCUUGAAGAGGGUGAAGUUCAAAGAGCAAAAGAUCAACUUGCAGCAAGGCUUGAUGCACCAAAGGAAUCCUCUGUAUUAACAGAAAAUAUUAAAUCCCUGUCUGACGCUAUGUCUGUUGAGAUGAUAGCAGCCAUCAAAGCAAAACGUUUAGCCAAAAAGAGAUCAACCAUUAAAGGUGAUGAUGAUGUGCCUCCAAAUUACAAUGAAAUUCAGAGAAUUCUCGACUAUGAUGUUGAUGUUACCCGUGAUAUUGUUAGUAGAGAAAGACAGUGGAGGACACGUACAACUAUAUUACAGAGUACAGGAAAGAAUUUUGCCAAAAGCCUUUUUCCAGUGCUCCAAAGCAUCAAAGCCAGAGAAGAAGGUGGAAACAAAAUGAGAAUUGAACCUAUACAAACACCAAGAACUACACCAAUACGUCCAAUGACCCAGCCUGUAGUAUACAAUAGGUAUGAUCAAGAAAGGUUUAGAAGUAAAGAAGAAACUGAGGGUUUUAAGAUUGAUACAAUGGGCACAUACCAUGGUAUGACUUUGAAGUCUGUAACUGAAGGAAGUCAACCUAAACGACCAGUUACACCUUUACCUCAACCAGAGAAACCACUUCCUGUGAUGAAUACUGUCCGUCAAGUUACAAAAAGAGUGUCGAAAACACCUAUAAUAAUUAUUCCUGCUGCUACUACAUCACUGAUUACUAUGUACAAUGCAAAAGAUUUGUUGCAAGAUUUAAGGUAUGUUGAUACCAAUGAGAAAAAAACUCAAGGUUGUAAACGAGAAAAUGAAGUCUUAAUACAAAGAAGAAAAGAAGGUGGUACAUCUGUACCAUACAGAGUUAUUGACAAUCCUCAAAAAUUGAUGGAUGAUGAAUGGGAUCGAGUUGUUGCUGUUUUUGUUCAAGGACCAGCUUGGCAGUUUAAAGGUUGGCCAUGGAAUGGUAAUCCUGUAGAAAUCUUUGCAAAGAUUAAAGCAUUUCAUCUGAAAUGGAUUGAAAUGAAAUUGGAUGCAAAUGUUGGAAAGUGGGCUGUUCAUAUCAUUGAAUUAAACAGACAUAAACGUCAUUUAGAUAGAGCUAAUUUAUUGAAAUUUUGGGAAAUUUUAGACAACUAUAUGAUAAAAUACAAACACAAUCUUCGGUUUUAGAAGAUGCCAUUUUUGAUGUUGAAUUUUAAAGUCAUGAAUUGCUUAGUUUCCUCCUGCUGCAUACUACUGAGCCAUGCCUUCUGAACUGUGAGCAGUUUUGUUGAGAUUCGAAUCUCCUGCUAAAUUACUAUUACUGUGCUACCAUAGCAGCAGAGAAUUGAAGAUGAAUGCAGUUCUCAAAAGUUAAUUCAUUUCAAAUGAACUGAAUUACAUCAGAUGAAAACUUCUAAAUUCAAUUUUUACAUAGUCACCAUGAAGAGUCAAAUAUUUUUAUAAAUUCACAUAUCUGAGUAAAAAACAUAGUUGUGUAAUCCAAUUUUCUUUUGAAAUAUUUUAAAACUAUUAUUAAUUUUGCAUGUAAAAAUAUUUUUAAAUUAGGAAAUCAUAGUCUUCAUUGAUUUGAGUCACUUGGAUACAUAUUUGGCUUCUUUGAUUUGAACUAUCAAGCAUUUGAUAACAUUUAAGUUCUUUAGAAUAGCUUUCGUCUCUUUUUUUUAGUUAAAAACCUUUGAGUAAUACUAAUAAAACAUCAUGUAAGUCUUGAAUGUUUCAUUUUAUUAUUGUAUAUAUAUAUUUUUUGCAAAUAGAUCGGGAUUACUAAAAAAGCAAAAUUUUAAUCUUCAGUUCUAAUUACCCUUCAACCGCCUGAAAUGUGCAAAAUUUGAAUUAAAAAUCAUUAGCUUGUCACUUUUGAGGGUAAGUGUACUCAUUUCAUGCUUAUGUAUAGUUUUUGCAAAUGAUUCUUAAUGGAGAAAGGUAUUAUUGUGUAAAAAGUUAUUUGUAAAUAUGUUUUCUUGUAAAACAAAACAAUAAAAUAUUUGUUUUA